UGCAACUCUGUAGAAAGUUAUUAAUUUUUUCUUUUUGUUGUGAAAUCUUCCCAAAAAUUUUAGGAAAACAAUUAAUUUUAAUAAAAAUAAAAAAUCGCCAUUUGACGACCAUCAUGGACUUUUCUAGCAUGCUCAGUAAGAGUGAGCCACACCAACGUACUAUUAUACACUUGGAUAUGGAUUAUUUUUAUGCUCAAGUUGAAGAACUGCGUGAUCCAUCCUUGCGUACAAAACCGUUGGGAGUACAACAGAAAAAUAUUGUUGUCACGUGCAACUAUAAUGCACGAGCACACGGCAUAAAAAAGCUAAUGUUGGUCGCUGAAGCGAAACGUUUAUGUCCAGACUUAGUACUGGUAAAUGGGGAAGAUUUAACACCAUACCGGCAGAUGUCACAGAAAAUAUUUGAAUUGUUACUUAAUUAUACUCCUUUUGUGGAAAAAUUAGGUUUCGAUGAGAAUUUCAUGGACGUCUCUUCACUGGUGGAAAAGCGAGAACAACAAAAACAACAACAACGGGACCAAGAUUCCGACGAUAUAGAUUUACCACCAGUCAUAGGUCACAUAUAUCCCUCAGAUGGAACCACAUUAAAUGCCUGCAGCUGUGGUUGCGCCCAGCGUUUAGCGUUGGGCACACAAAUCGCUCAAGAAAUACGACAUGAUCUUGUGGAUAAAUUGGGAGUUACUUGCUGUGCCGGAGUAUCGUAUAACAAACUUUUGGCCAAAUUAGUUGGCUCUCAAUACAAACCGAAUCAACAAACUGUACUUGUCUCAUCGCAUGCCGAACAAUUUAUGCGUGAAUUGGGCCAAUUAAAUCGGGUAACCGGCAUUGGACAAAAAACCGAAUCUCUUCUGCUCGAAAGUGGGGUGGCAAAUGUCGAAGAACUACAAAGUUGUGAAUUGGAUUUUUUGCGUAAAAAAUUUGGUUAUGAAACUGCAAUCAAACUAAAAGAUCUGGCCUUUGGUCGCGACACAAGUGGAGUACGUCCAACUGGUAAACCAAAAAGUAUUGGUUUAGAAGAUUCUUGUAAACCUAUAUCAGUUAGAACGGAUGUCGAAGAACGCUUUCGUAUGUUAUUGAUGAGAUUAAUGGAACAGGUCGCUGAAGAUGGGCGUAUUCCAAUUUGUUUAAAAGUUAUUUUGCGUAAAUUCGAUGCUCAGAAGAAGAGUAGCCAUCGCGAAACUAAACAAGCUAAUAUACUCCCGUCUCUCUUUAAGUCAACUUCUUGUACGGACACCGGGGGCCCAAAAGUCAUGUUAGCGGAAGGUGCUCAAGAAAAACUGUUGAAAAUCAUUAUGCGUUUAUUUGAACGUGUCGUAGAUAUGAAUAAACCUUUCAAUAUAACCUUAAUAGGUUUAGCAUUUUCAAAGUUCCAACAACGUAAAGUUGGAUCAUCGUCCAUAGCAAAUUUUCUUAUCAAGAAAACAGAUUUAGAAGUGCAAUCGAUAACAUCUCUAACAAAUACAGAUGUUGUUGAGGCCAAUCCGGAGGGAUCGUCAUCGUCAACACACUCUACUUCCCCAAUGCUCAGUAAUGAUGAGGCAUUUCGUUCGUCGCCUACAACUUUCCAACCAAGUGAUCAAUUUUAUCGUAGAAGAACUACGGCUGCUUCCCCCAUCCCUAUGUUGAUCGAUAACGGUUCAGAAUCGGGAGCUACAAAUUCGGACUUUUCCGACUUUUCGGAAACUGAAGUGGAGCCUUCACCGAAAAAGAGCCGUAUUAGUCGUUUGAUAAUGAAUAAACGGCGUUGUUUUGGUAGUUCUGCCAUUUACAAUUCUACGGGCGAUACAGCUGCUGAGGUUGCUUCGCCGAGUAAAUUACGUGUGUGCGAUUUACGAUUAAAUUCGAGGGAUAGUGAUCGUGAUUUUCCGAUGAGUCCAUGCUCGGUUACGGCGACAUCGACGACAACAUCAUCCUUAUCAUCAUUAACGACAAGCGCAGCCACCAGUGAAACUACUACACCAUCAACAUCGCACUCAAUUACUACCACUGCCACUGGUUGUAAUAAUUUGCAACGUUUUUGUCCUGUCCAACCUCCACCUUCAACUCUUUUAAGUCGCAUUGACCGUUUGGAGGAUUUUCGUGCAAACGCAUUAAUUUUUGCCCGUAGACAUUCACUAGCAUCUUCAUCAGCCACCAUUUCACCAAUGCCAUCUCCUAUGGACGAUUGCGUUGACACACAAACACUGCCAGUUGCUUUAUCACCGCCACAGUUGGAAAUACUCGAAAAUGAUACCAUAAAUGUAGAGAAAUUAUCAACAACCAUCACUGGUAAUCUUUCAAACAUUCCCUGCCCUGCUGGGGUUGAUCCUCAGGUUUUUAAUGAGUUGCCGGUAGAUGUACAAAACGAACUGAUAGCAUCAUGGCGUUCCUCUUUGGCGGCAGCAGCAGCAGCUGUAGCCAAUGGAAAUAUGUCUCCUCUAAAUUCAUCACAAAGCAGUGGAUCGCAGUCAAUAUCUCAAACACAAACUACUGCAAAUACGACUGCGAAAGCUGGUGGUAGUGGUGUCAAUACUAAUGGUGCUCAAAAAAAUACCCUUUAUAGGUAUUUUUUGCGUAAUAAGUGAUUUAAUACGCAAACAAGUUUAUUUAUUCUCAAUAAGGGCUGGCUGUCGUUUUCGUACUUUAUUUAAUUGAAUUUUUUUUUAUCAAUGCGAAAGUUAAUUUUAAAAAUGAGAUUUUGUUAUUGUGUUUUUAUUCAUUCUUUUUAAGUAGAUUUAAUACAUACAUACUGUUUUUUUCACUGGAAUUGUUUUUUUUUAUUACAUAUAACUUUAGUUUUCUUCCAGUACUUACUACUCAGAUUUGUCGGUUUUACACGAAAGCGUCCCCUUACUCAAAAUUUCAAUAUAAUUUGUGGUUAUUCUGACUAACUCUGACUAUUUCUGACUAAAAGCUUUUAAUCUGACUAGUACUGGAAGAAAGCUAUUAUAAACGUUUUAACUGAGAUUUGAAUAAUAUCGAAAAUCGAUCACUGUCAUGAAAUGUGAAAAAUAUCUUAACGUUGAUUAAUAAUUUUAUUUUUAUUAAUGUAGUGUUUUAAAAAUGUUUAUACCAAUAAAGUUUCAAAUUAUAUAACAUACAAAUAUUGAAGAAAA